UGAAGCUCGAUAUGCCACUACAUCAAAGCAUUCAGUCAAUCCUACUUUCGUAAUUUCAACUCCGUAAUUAAUACCCAAAACAUUCUCUAGACGACUCAUUAAAUCUCUUCCAAGCCCCUCCAGAUCCGCUGCUUCCCUCUGCUUUCACACCCAACAACCACAGUUUCCCAAUUUUUCCUCUUCCCAAACUACCCCCAAGCUUGUACGCACCGGAUGGCGUUAUCUGACGCGGUGGUGGGGAACUUGACGACGAUCUACGUGGCGGUGAUAGCGGGGAUCAAGGCCUACGGAUUGGUCUGUGGGCGGAGCUUCGGUGCUGGGUUUGUGCUGAUCGUGUCCACCGCCGUGGUGGGCCUCAUCUUGAUUGGGACACUGACGUGGGACGUGUCACGCAAGGCCACGUACGCGGUCUCGCGCGAGCACGUCCACAGCCACGAGAUGUGCAAGGGGGGUAUUUGCUGGCACGGGUUGGCGGUGAAGUCCCCGGCGUCGCAGGUCCGGUUUAGGCUCCCACAGCAAACCCCAAACGGCCCUUUGUAAAAAGAAGUGCAUAGAAGGGGAAAGGGAAUAAAAGUAAAGGUUUUGUCACACUGUAUGAUACACAAAUCUUCUUGUUUCUUUUGUUUUUUUUUUUUUUUUGGUGGUGUUUGUAGGUUAGGCACGAGGUGUUUGCUUUUUUGAUUGAGAGGGAGAUACUGUACAUGUAAUAAGUAAUGUUGAAAUGAAAUCACGUUUGUACAUGAAAUAUAGGCUCCAUUGUUGUUCUGUUUAACAGACGUACGUCAAUGUUUUCAUUGUUUUCAUAAAGGAUGAGUGAUCUGGGACACGCGACUUAUCUUCACUGUGUUCGACGCUGAGAACAACACAACAGGGGAGCGGAGAUGGCAUAAAAAGAAGUUUUGUUUUUGCCUUUCUUGGUUCUAUCUAUUACGGUGGAGAAGGUGAAAGUUUUUUUGGGUAUGGUUUCGAGCUGUUUGGUAUACAAUUAUGGUUUUGUUUUAUUAAGACUAAGUUUUAUUAA